CAAUUUGGCAUUUCCAAACAUGAGUGUCUUUUACCAAGAAGAGCACUCUCAUCAUUCUAAGAGAUGCAAAUUCAUAGCUACACUUUUAAAGGAAGCAUUUUCCCAUUGCCAUAGUUUCAAUGGUCGGUUUUCGAGUUCGGGUCACGAUGACGACGAACACUCAACGAGUGACAUCGAUGAUGAGUCCGAGGUAGUUGUUUCGGAAAUCCGGACUCGAGCGAUGGAAAAGAUGAACAGAAAGACGAGUUCAAUGACGGGAAGCUUUUCGUGGGUGUUAUCUCCAUCGACGGGAGAGAUUUACAUAAGCUCGAAUCAUUUUAAAAGAAGAGACAACGAUAAUGAAGAUGAUGAAUUCUUUUCAGUAGGGAGUUGUUUCUCAUUGUGUUCGAGUGGUGUUAGUAGGGAAGCGUUUAUGUCGGCUAAAUCAAAUUUCUCACGUUGUUCGAGUUUAAAGAAUGUUGAUUUCCCAGAGAUUUGGAAGUUUGAUUCAGAAGAUUUUCGAAGGCGAUCGAUCAUUAGGGAGUUUUGUCAUUGUGAAGGGUGGCCAUUUGGGUUAUGUAGGAAAGUUGUGUUGCUACCACCUUUGCCUAAAUCACCCUCGGAAUCUUGGUCUUGGCGUAAAGGGACUAGAUUAGCCAAGACUCCAUAUAUUUAAAUAUGUUGCAAGUUUCUAUACUUUGAUAUAAUUCUUUUACUUCAAAAAAUCUUUUUAUCUAUAAAGAAUUUUAGUCCAAUCAUUGACAUCCAUCAAUGUCUUUAGUGUCAACAAUUGGACUGAGAAAAAUUAUGAUACUAAAAUAAAGUACAAAGACAGAUGAUAUAUUAGUCACUUUUGUUUCAAUUUCUUUUUUCUUUCAUUUUGACAAUAAAAGCCGAAUAUACAUUUAAUAUGAAUAUUUU